AUGCGCAACUCCGGCGCCACCGCCGCCUCGGCCCCUCCGGCCGCCACCAUGCACGGCUCCUACGCCGCGCCGCCCGCCUCCUCCGCCGGCUACGCCAAGAUCCCCACCUACCCCCCCGUCCCGCCCGCGGCUUCCGCCUCCGCCCCGGCCCCGAUCCAGGACCCCACGGCGCCGCCCUCCUCGCUCGCCAAGGCGGCCGAGCUCGUCACGCGGUUCCGGGAGCAGGGCCAGGCGCUCAUCGCCGCGCGCCGCCCCUGGGGGGAGGUCUUCCGCUCCCCCGCCUUCUCCAAGCCGCCCAACGUCGGCGAGGCCGUCUCCCGGAUGCGCCGCAACACGGCCUACUUCCGCGCCAACUACGCGCUCGCCGUCCUCGCCGUCGUCGCCGCCUCGCUCUUCUGGCACCCGGGCACCCUCUUCGCGCUCCUCGCGCUCUGCGCCGCCUGGUUCUUCCUCUACUUCGCGCGCCCCGCCGAGGGCGCCCAGCCGCUCCGGAUCUUCGGCACCGAGUUCGACGACGGCACCGUCCUCGCCCUGCUCUCCGGGGUCACCGUCAUCGCCAUGCUCUUCACCGACGUCGGGUGGAACGUCGUCGGCUCGGUCAUGAUCGGGCUCGCCCUCGCGGGCGCGCACGCCGCGCUCAGGUCCACCGACGACCUCUUCCUGACCGAGCAGGAGGCGGCCGGCAAUGGGCUGGUUGCCGCAGGCUUCAGCGCUGCUGGACCCAUCUUGCCCACCUAUGUCCGCAUUGGUUGAUUGUGCAGUCUGGCGUGGUGGCAUAAUGGUGCUCCAAUCUUUGUUGGACAUUCUCGGUUUGUGUUCUUGUUUGCAAUUGUGCAUUGGCAGUUCUGUUUCAUAUAUACAGCACAGAAUCUAUUGGUUCGUGUGUUGGCGUGUAAAAAACCUAGAUUGGCUUGUGAUCUUAGACGCAAUAGUAAAUUAGUAAUGUUUGCAAUCAUAUUAUGAACAUAUUAUACACUUUUCUUCUGAACUGAGUGUAAAGCUGUUAUGUUGAUAAUGGCAAUUGCCAUCCGAUUCUUCACUA